AUGAGGAAGCAGCUGUUCACUGACACGAGGACUUGUCUACGUCAGGUGCUGGAUCAGGAUAAGCGGGUCUUGUCAAUAAGAGACUCGAGAACAACAAAAGACAGAGUCUGGGUUUGGCUAGCAAUCGGUCGAGAGGGAAACUCUGCAGCCAUGUGGCUGUGGCCGCGAUCGUCAUGCAUUCUUCAAAGGAAUUAUUGCUUGAUGACCGUCUUCUUUGUUAGCAAGUGUUCCAGAAGGUCUACCAGCUAUGCAGUUCAUCUUGACCUCUCGUCUGUUCGCAACAGUCGAGGGAUGCACAGCAAACGAGAACAUCUACCGUCUCCGGUCAAGAAGAGAAUUCUAUGGUCAUCGCCAUUAAAAGGUAUGGAGCGACCUGUACGAUUGUUUACUUCGUUUAUUCAAACGGUGCCACCCAACCCGGGCGUUGAGAUCCAAAAACCUCUCCCUCCGAUUCCAUCAUCUCCACAAAGCCCAGAAUCCGAAGCUUCUAUAGAUUCGCCAUUACUUCCAUCACCAGAUAGAGGUACCAGUGUCGGCCUGUGGCAAGCCCCAACUGAGUGGGGCUGGGACCUUUCGACUCCACCUACCCAACCUUUCAACACAACGACCAUUUCACCUAACCAAAAGUACCUCCCGAUACUUCAAGAACCAUCACCAGGGCCGUUUGAUCUGCAAGGCGACAUGUUUGCUGGAGUACUGGACACAUACGACACUCGACAAGGGUCUAUGGACAUAACAGUAGACAUGGAUGACAGGCCAGAACCGCCACCACGAAAUCCUUCAAGAUUAUCCAUCUCUCCAAGAAUUUCUGGUCGACACGAAUCUUACGGCUCAACAGCGUCGGUAGCAAACGGCAACGAGUCAAGUCUUUCGCACAGCGUUUCGAGCCAGAUAUACCAGGAUCAAUCAGGGCCAUCACAGGUGUACAGUGAUGUCUUCAAUUUUACGCAUUCUUAUCGCAGUUCUGAUGCAUCUACAACAGCAAAGGCAUUCGCAUCUCUUGACAUGGGAUCACCUCGGAACAGCCAAAAUCCGUGGCAAAGUCGAAUCAAUCGGUCUCAAGUGUCCCAGGGAGAUGAGAGCGACCAGCAGCUUCUGGUUUUGAGGGGCAAGAACCUUCGACCAUUCGUUGUGAGCGAUCUGUCUGCUUCAAAUGAGAUGGAGGUGCCAGAAGUGGACGACAAGUUACAGCAAUUAAGUUUCUCACAAGACUAUCAUGAUGUACUUGCUCAUGGCUACCACGGCUCUUAUCCACAUGGUGCGGACUUGAUUCUGCAGUCUCCUCGUAAGGAACAAGAAAUGAUUCCUCGACCUUUGGCGUGGAGAAAGUCUUCAGGCAGCUCCUCUUCGGGCAGCUACUCCCAAAGGAAGCCAUCCGUUAGGAAAAGAAUCAUUGCCUCGAGGCCAAAGAGGAUCCAUAAAAAGAUGUCAUCCUGGGUACCGCUUCAACACCUAUACGCGAGCGAUAAACGGCCGAAGAUUGCUGAACGAGCUCCUGGACAAUUAGCUGGUGGAGCCCGAAGUAGCCCACGGUCAGCCAAGGAUGUGUCAUCAUCGAAGAAAUCCAAUCGCUUCCCUAAUCUUCUGGCUCAUGCAAAGGGAUUCAGAUAUCACAAUCAUCGCCCAGGGUCCAAAGCUCCAACGAAAACUACCAUGGGCUCUUCCCAACAGUCAUCACGUGCAUCGGCAUCACCCAUUUUAUCCCGACCGUCACAGUCUACCACCCCACUGCUACGGCUACCUGGAGGAUUGGCAUUAGUAAGACGUGCGCCUUCUGAUACACUACAGCCCGGUGCUCCGAAAAUAAGCUAUCCCUCUCCCUUCGUCGAUACCCAAUUUUAUAGCUCGUACAUUGACUCGCCGUUCCCUGGCCCGUCCGGACUUCGUCGACCAUCAUCAUCAUAUAGUCAAUCAUCAGCUGCAAGCCCAGUAGCACCAGGAAUGGCCAUAUAUGGCAGAACACGCAACUCUACAUGUUCCUGGCCAUCCCACCGACCCCAUUCCAGCACUUCAUCCCUCCCCACCUCUCCCCUCGCCCACGAAAUAUUCCUUCCCCCAACCCCACCCCAACAUCUCCCAAAGCCCAACUUAGAUACUCUCCACACAAGCCAACCCAUCCUCCCUCUUUCCACAACCCUCGACAAAUCCCAACUCGACAGCUUCUUCGAUCCUGACACGGCUGAAAACAGCCCCCAGAGCCCCCACAAAUUGGGCCUCUUGCACAAGGCCAAAGACGUGCGCGACGCUUGGAAGCGCCAUCAAAAGGACGCCAGGCAGGAGAAGCUCAAGCAGAGUAUUCGCGUGCUUGGGCCCGUGGAUAUCGUGGGUGGUAGCGCUCGUAGCGCGAAUCGGGAAGCUAGUGUGUUGAUUUUACGCUUUUAUUUUCGUCUUGUUGUAUACGACUGGGACUAG